GUUCGCUAUUAAUAUUGAGAUCUAAACGGCGUUAAAACGAACAAGAUAUAAAUAUUUGUCAGAGUAUGAAUAAAACGCAUUCAAGCCGAUCAGAGCCAUAAUUACGGAUCUGGGUACGGAUGGCUUCUGCCCGCGAGAUCGACGACAAGUUCGAAGGCCCGGAGUUCGCUUCUGUUUCUACGUCUAUACUAAGGCCCGGACUUCUAAUAGCCGCAAGGUUCUCGUUUACUUCAUCCUAGGGAUCGUCAAGUUAUUUUUUCGCCGGCGCGUGAAAUGGGGUCGUCUCGGCCGAGAUGGGAAACCUUUUGAGAGGCGUUAAGAAACUUACGGCCGUGACGGGCAUCAUAAGGCCGCGUUGGGAGUAGGUGCAUGCAGUCUGCGCCGAUCGAUGAGCUGGAUGCCAGACCGCUUGCGUGUCACGUUGACAAAUCGCCGUCGGUAGAUGCAUCGAGGUCCCUGCUUUUUCGCGCUGUGGCAUGGUAAAUGACGCAUGCUUCAGCUUGCUUGAUGAACAGACAGGCCCAUCGGGAGACAUUCAGUCUUCCAUUCACAAACACCGCGACAUUAACACUGGGCGGGGAUCGAGCUUGCAGAAUCAACGCCAGUCCGCAGUCCGCAGUCGGUGGAUGAAUGUCACCAUCGCGAGCUCCAUUCCGCUGUCUGAUCCGGUCCGUUGACCCUAACCCCGGCUGCCUAUGCGCAGUCCAGGCUUGCCGGGGCUGUGCCCGUGCCCAUGGCCUAAGCCGUGCUGGAAGAGGCGCGUACGUGACUCGUGAGACUUCCGAUGCCCUCGCCCACUUCCUUCCUGUUUCGUCCGGUCCUGGAUUCGUUCCAUGCGGGUGUAUAAAACGUUCCUGCUUGGUGGGUAAAUGUCCGACCCGGCCACAUCAGCAUUUCAAGCUUUCGUGUUUCAUCAUCCCUCCUCUGCCAUGCCCUGCAGCAUCUGCUACGAUGAGUAUACCGCCCCCGUGGCGCUUCCCUGUGGCCACAUCUUUUGCCGUGAAUGCGUACGACGCACGGUGGACGCGAUCAAGCUGUGCAGUGUCGAACAUUUCUGCCCGACGUGUCGUACGCCUUAUAGCGUCGUCGGCAUCGACCCCGCGCUUAUCCCACCAUACCUACGCCCACACACGCUCCCCUCGAUCCGCCCCGUCUUUUUCGAUCACCCCUCACCCCGUCCCGCCUGCUCUUCAUCCUCCUCCUCCGCCACCUUCGCCUCCUCUUCCGCCUUCGCAUCGUCCAGCUCCGCAUCGCGGCCAGCACUCUGCAUGUCGGCCCUACCGGCCCAGCUCUCCAGUGCACUGGGCCGCGCCGCCGCCGAAGCGGACGCCCUGCGCCUGAACGCGACGACGUGGAAGCGACGCGCGGAGGUGCACGCCGCGGCGAACGCGGGCCUUCUCAGCUUCGCGCGCGUAGCGAAAGAGAACGCCGUGCGCAUGCGCGCGGAGCGCGACGUCGCGAGCAAUUGCUGCGAGCUUCUGAAGGGUCGUUUGCGGGACAUCAUGUCCUGCCCGAAAUGGAAGGAGCUGGAGGCCGAGUUGUGUGCAUCCUCACUAGCCUCGCCCAACGAGGACCCCGCGGCCGACGACUCGCACCCCGAAAUGGACGACGAGAAGGCCAGAAACGCUCUGGACGUGGAUCUCGCCGAGCUAAGCGCACGCGCAGCCUGCUCCGCACCGACGGGGCUGCCUGUCUUCUUCAUCCAGCCGCAUGUCCGGAAAGCACUCUCGGAGUCGCCCAGGUCGGAUCUAGAAUCCCCCAGCUUGUUCGGGCCGCCCAUCAAGCGCAGGAAGGUUCACGAUGAUGAUGCUCCGGCCACCUCCAUACGUGCUCGCGGUCCAGGCUCGCGCAGCGCCCGCUUCUCGUCAUAGUCUCGAACGUGUUUUCUCGUGCGCCUUCGUGGAUAUAUAAACCAAAAUCUAAUGUAUACGAUCACGAUAUUUACUCGAAGAACAUCAGUGCAUACCUCGCCUUAUUAGCAUACCCGUCAUCCUCACUCAAAACUUGUACUCACCAGAACAUAAACGUACUGUUUUUUUUCAGUCCUCAGUGGUUGAGGAUCCAUUUUGGCUCGUCGGAAAAACAAUCCAACGCCGUGCCUGCGAAACACGUAGCGUCUCACUGUGCGAAUCUUCGCAAGCGUUCGCGUUUGCCGUAGUGAGGAUGAAACAGGCUCUCAUCGUUUCUUCAACAAAGCGGUUAGAGAUAUCGAAAUGAGCCCCUGAUAGACGACGCUUGAAUGGAUGUGUUUGAAUUUGAAAACGCCAACUUCAAGUGUUCGGACCAUGAGUCCAUAAAUACCAGUGCUAUAAAUGACAGGCGAAGAGUGAGCGAGAAGUCUGAGGGGGGAGUAAUGUGACACAGGUUGUUCCCUCCGAUCGACAUUCUGUCGUGCGGCGAUAUCACAGUGCAAGCCCAGGACCAUGACGUCAGGCUUGUGAUCUUCGAAGACGGCGCAAUGGGUUGAAGACUGUUGAAGAGAUAGCUAUAAGGGGAGCUGUGCGAUGAAGUGGGAUCCCAUGACGGUCCGCGCGGUACAUCUCUUAUUUCCAGCCGGAUUAAACGGCCCCAGUUUACUAUCCUGUUUAACACGAGGUCAUUUUCAGGGGGUUAGGUGCAUUGGGGUGACGCCCUUCUGUUCGAAACUGGGGCACAUGAACAUGUGAUAUCCCGUGGGACGGACUGGAGGCACCGAACAGGCCCCCCGGCAACUCCCUCAUAGAGCAAUUCACCCCAAAAGGAGGAUUUGCACUUGCGAGUCAGCUGUCGCACCCUUGAUUGGCACGGGAUCGGACUGAAGUCUGCCCAAAUCAAGAUGGAUUCAGAGCUUUUUAUAGCAUUGUGUGCGGGGUUACGUCCACCUUGGUCCACUCUCUCUGCCUGCAGCGCGUUCUGCAAAACCGGAGAGAUCGAGGAGGCGGAAUGACAUGCUCCUGAUCGUGUUUGACUCUCAAAGAGGGGGACAACUCCCCAAAGUUCCCUGGCUUGCCCUGCGAUUUCUGCGCCUCAGCGCCCAAGAUUUCUUGUUCCCAGCCCGAUUCGCGGCCAUAUGACCGCGUGCCCCGGCGAUCUGUACGAUUCCGGAGGAGUAGCCGGGGGCCUCGCCGAACGCGUGCGGUCACACUUCGAUCAGCAAGAAUCUGUGCUGGGAAACCGGAUAAAAGUCGACCUUCACUCUAUCGCGUUGAACAUGCGCAGCAGGAAAUGAUCGAAGUUCUCAGCGAUCCAGUUGUUGUGCCAUCCCCGAACCUGGCCGUGAAUACCAACGGAAUCCAGCGGAUUUCACACGCGGUGUGCCGAUCGAGCACACGAGGCCCUCACGAUCCCACCACUCUGCUCGCUGAAACCAGUGCCAACUUUUGCACGGGAGACGGAAAUGUACCAUCGUUUGUUUGGACAGUGCAUGUAGCACACAACCCAUAUCAUCCUUAGUCAGGGAAAUAAACCGGUGUAGAGCUGUG